AUGGAUCUGUUCUUGAUUAUAGCCGCUGUGGUAGCCGCCGCAGCCUUCUUCCUCCUCCGAAGUAGCACCAAGAAAUCUCCUAGGCUACCACCGGGGCCAAAAGGUCUUCCUAUCAUUGGGAACCUCCACCAGAUGGAGAAAUUCAACCCACAACACUACCUUUUCCGUCUCUCCGAGACUUACGGUCCAAUAUUCACCAUGAAAUUAGGAACCCGUAACCUCGUGGUGAUCUCCUCUGCUGAAAUAGCCAAGCAGCUACUCAAGACACAAGACCUCAAUUUCACCAAUCGUCCUCUACUUAAAGGGCAACAAACCAUGUCGUAUCAAGGCCGUGACCUUGGUUUCGGACAGUACACAGCGUACUACCGUGAGAUGAGGAAGAUGUGUAUGGUAAACCUCUUCAGCCCAAACAGAGUCGCCAGUUUCCGACCCGUAAGAGAAGAAGAGUGCCAACGGAUGAUGGACAAGAUCUACAAAGCCGCCGACCAGUCAGGAACCGUUGAUCUCAGCGAGCUUCUCUUGUCUUUCACCAACUGUGUCGUCUGCAGGCAAGCCUUUGGGAAGCUGUACAACGAGUACGGAACCGAAAUGAGGAGAUUCAUUAGCAUCUUGUACGAGACUCAAGCACUUUUGGGGACUCUGUUUUUCUCCGACAUUUUCCCUUAUUUCGGAUUCCUCGAUACCCUCACUGGUCUCACUGCUCGUCUCAAGAGAGCUUUCAAGGAGCUUGACACUUACCUUCAAGAACUCCUCGAUGAGACUCUUGACCCUAACCGCCCUAAACCCGAGACAGAGAGUUUCAUUGACCUCUUGAUGCAGAUCUACAAAGACCAACCUUUCUCUGUCAAAUUCACUCACGAAAAUGUCAAGUCCAUGAUAUUGGAUAUUGUAGUGCCAGGAACAGACACAGCGGCUGCGGUGGUGGUAUGGGCCAUGACUUACCUAAUAAAGUACCCUGAAGCAAUGAAGAAAGCUCAAGAGGAAGUGAGGAAAGUUGUAGGCGACAAAGGAUAUGUGUCGGAAGAAGACAUACCUAAUCUCCCUUACCUGAAGGCCGUCAUCAAGGAGUCUCUUCGGCUCGAACCAGUCAUCCCCAUUCUUCUACACAGAGAAACCAUCGCAGACGCAAAGAUCGGAGGCUAUGACAUUCCGGCUAAGACCAUCGUUCAAGUGAACGCAUGGGCAGUUUCUCGUGACACAGCCGCAUGGGGAGACAACCCUAAUGAGUUCAUUCCAGAGAGGUUCAUGAACGAGAGCAAAGGAGUUGACUUCAAGGGGCAAGAUUUUGAGCUCUUGCCUUUCGGAUCAGGUCGUCGAAUGUGCCCUGCCAUGCAUCUUGGAAUCGCAAUGGUCGAGAUACCUUUCGCUAACCUUCUUUACAGAUUCGACUGGAGUUUGCCUAAAGGAAUUAAACCAGAAGAUAUAAAGAUGGACGUCAUGACCGGACUCGCUAUGCACAAAAAAGAACACCUCGUUCUUGCACCAAGGACCCACAUUUGA